CCAGACGCGUCAACAGAAAGAGGCAACCGUGCUCAGUGCAGAUCAUGCCCGCGGCACCAUGGGACGAACAACCGGCAGCUCUACUAAAAUAGCUAGAAGGGCACAAGGAUCAAGGAGUCACAGACGAGAGAGAAACUUCACGAUUCUCGGUUGGAUCGUGUGCGAUUGACUACAGUUUCACGAGUGGGUCCCAUGGACACAGUCCUCCAUCCUCCACGUCGACGGUACGGUAUCUCAUCCAUGCUGGGAAUCCAACUGCGGUAAGCAAUGGCAAGUAUUGCCAAACGGUGCAGUCCCUUUUCGAUGAAGAAAAGACAGACUCGACUUAGUAGGAAAGGUCCUUGUCUUGCGUGCCUUCUUGCAUUAAGCUUACGUGUGCCGAUGAUAUCUAAAGUGAAUUGGCGUCUUCACAGUAUACGGGCUACCGGUCCACUCGCAAAGAGCCUCAACUGACAAACGUGGAGUCUCUUCGCCGGUGUAAGACUCUCGUUGGCUUUGGCAUCCCGUUGUCUUGUUCACUUUUUGACCAUCCGAGAUUUGCCAAGCCACACAAAACUAGCAGUUCUCACCGUGCUGGCUGAUCCAGGUUACGUCGCGACUUCUCCAUUGCACAAAUUUGAUUAGAACAGGUAACAAUGGCACCGAAAGGGAUUACUUUCGAGCAAGCUUUUGCUUCCUUGCGGACCAAGUUCCACGACGUAACGUUGAAAGGCAAUGAUGAGGUUACAGUCCGUGCUAAUCGCACUGCACUAGCAAGCAGGUGUGAAUUCUUUGAAAAGUUGUUCUUUAGUGACUUCAAAGAAGCUCAGUGUGAGACUGUACAGAUUGGCUUUCCAGGAGCAGUUCUUGAAGCGACGGUGGAGUACAUACUCACCAACAAGGUUGCCAUCUUGGACAAUCCCAACAGCAAUGAAGCUGAAGCACUAGAAAAACUCAGGACUGUACUGUUGCUUGCCAGUGCCGCCGCCUACUUUGAUCUCGAGGAGCUUGGUGAGAUGAUCAAAAAGGCCGUCACCACCUUUGUUGAGGAUGCCCAGCCGUCUCUUUGCUUUGCGGUAUUGGAAGAAUCUCUGAAAAACAAUUUGUCCGAAGAGUUCGAGGAGGUGGCACUGGCCAAGAUCCAUUCUAAUACCAGCAACUGCUUGCAUGGAACAGCCAUCAGAGAUGUUCAUCUAUCUGUCUUGAAACGAAUUUUUCUAGAUGAUCGAAUCAAGUCCUCCUUGCCAGCCUUUCGGGCCUUUGAGCUAGUGCAAGCAUGGGCUCGUACCGAAUCUGCUGAAGACAAGACAGUUGCAGCCAAAUCAUUGAUUGUAGAACACGUUGACCUUGAGACCAUUGCUCCUUUGGAGCUGUCCUCAAAUGUUUCCUCUAGUGGUUUGGUGACUUUGGAACAGCUAACAGAAGCAUACAAGAGACAAGCAUUGAGGGCAGCAGAAGUGUUAGAGUUCCCCAUCAGGCAAGUUUUUGGUCAGAAAUUGACAGCAAGUUUUACUGUGACAUCAACUGGAUGGAUCAGCAACUGCAUUGCUUGUGCCCCAAUCACAGAAGGCAAACAUCAGUGGACAAUUGACGUGAAGAAAGACAUCAAUACACACAUUUGGCUCGGCAUUGCUACACCCACAGGAUUCAGCACUACAUUGCAACAGAAAACCUAUUUGGGAACGGGCGUAUGGAGUUACCGCGGGAAUUGCCAGACACACAAUCAAUGCCAGACUCUAUCCAAUGGCAUGACAUUCGCGCAAGGCUCCAGAGUAACCUUGACAUUAAGUCUUUGUCCCAAUGAUGUGAACCAUGGGAGUCUUUCCAUCUCAGUGGAUGGCAAUUCCCCAGUGACUUCCUUCACCAAUUUGUGCAAUUUCGUUGGAGAUGGUGGAUUCAUGCCUGUGGUAACCAUGCACUACUGUGGCAGCAGUGUAGAGCUUGUGGACAAGAUGGAAUUGGUUUGAUUUGUUAACCCUUGUGAGCAGGAGCUUCUCUCACAUUCUGGGAUUGAUGGAGAUAUUAUGAGUGUGGAGCUGCACCGGUAUUGUUAUAGACUCACGCUGAUGUAAUGGCCUGCACUCCACGAAUCCCCCACCCCAUAAAAACGAUCAGCAAUUCCAUUUUUAUUGACAGUA